CAUUUCUUGAUUUUUCUCACUAACAACUUCGCUAAUAGUAGCACUUAUACAAAAGAAACCUUGCCCAUCCCCUGUUGCCAUCUUGUUGGCAUACCAAGACUGGCCCGGGAACGGCUUAGCACUAAACCCGGUUGCUAUUUUGGGGCGGCACAAUCACAUUGUGAGUGGAAGUGUUGAUUCUUAGCUGACCCGUGCGUAACCCCGUUGCCAUGUCUCGUUCCCCAAUCCCGUCCAAUAGCUUCUCCCCAACCUCUCGAAGGUCUCCUUUUUUCCAAGACCCAAAUACGAGAUGGGGACAAUAAUACUAAGUAUUGGGCUGGGCUCAGCCCACUCGUAACACCGGUACGACAAGGUCUGGUAAAUAAUAAAAACCGUGUGAGGUGAGUUUUUGAUGCAGGUAGGUAUUUUCAAUCUUCACCUACUUCUUCGCCAAUUGUAAUCUUCAUCGCUAUUUAAACCGCGUCAAGAAAAAUCCAAAUAAUCCCGUGUUACCAAAACAACCAAAACACAAAAUCAGCCGAAAUGUCCUCCACAACCGCCACCGUAUCUGCGCCCACCAGCACGCCCACCGUCGGCUGCGGCGCAGAACUCUACAAUAUCCCGACACAAGACGCGGCCGUGGGCAUCACAUCGGGCGGCAACCACACGGAUAUCAUGGGCGCGUGCUGCGGGUCCGCGGACGUAAUCUCGUACUACGACAACUGCGGCUUGUACUGCCUAGCCGCAGGGCAAAGCGUAAACGAUUUGAUUAAAUGCCUUUUCGACCACGGAGCCCCCAACAGCGAUGUAUUUUACCGCGGCAAUGUAUCUGCCACCGCCACUGCGACCGACGUCCCGCUCCCUACGUCCGCGGGCGCGAGUGUAGUCGUCACGCACGAUGGUGGCUCGAACCCUACGCAAAGCGGUGGUGAUGGCGAUAGCACGUCUAGCCCGACGAACACGCCGAAUGCUGCUGCGGGUAUCAGGCCUGAGUUCACUGGUCUCAGCACCCUCGGCCUAACAAUUGGAGCUCUGCUUUUCUCCGCGACGGCGUUCGGUGCUUUCCAACUAUAGAGAGGCAAUUGAUGAUUGAGCAUGGAGGACGAUAUACCCGAACUUAAUACAUGAGGAGAUGUGAGGGGGGCAUAAUAUUAUGAUGUCUAUUGUUAUAUACGAGGAAUAUGCAUGGAUGCCUUUCCAGUGCACUACAUAUACCACUUGGAAUUUGCAGCGACUAAAAUGGAUUCAUCUCAGCGGGACAUGAAAAAGGAUAAUGGGUUUUAGAUAGGUACCCGAGUAUUUAUUAAUAGCAUAAUAACUUGAUUACAUUCCAACCAUUA